UACAGUUGCAUACAAAUAAUUAGAACAGCACUUGAAACACACACUAAUUUCACGCAGAGGGGGAGAGAUACCACUUCGAUCAGGUCCGAUCCGAAAUGAGCGGGAGCGAAGGCAGCUCCGACCAUUCGGCCGCCGGGGAAGCUCCUGCGGCCGGGACGGCGGCCGUGGGAACCGUUGAGAAGAAGAAGGAAAAGGCCAGAGUAAGUCGAACCUCGAUGAUACUUUGGCACGCUCACCAGAACGACGCCGCUGCGGUCCGGAAGCUGCUUGAGGAAGAUCGGACUUUGGUACAAGCUAAGGAUUACGAUAACAGGUCUCCGCUCCACGUUGCAGCUCUUCACGGUUGGAUCGAUGUUGCAAAGACUUUAAUCGAGUAUGGUGCUGAUGUGAACGCUCAAGAUCGCUGGAAAAAUACGCCUCUAGCUGAUGCUGAAGGAGCAAAAAAGCAUAGCAUGAUUGAAUUGUUGAAGUCAUAUGGCGGUUUAUCUUAUGGCCAGAGUGGAAGCCAUUUUGAACCAAGGCCUGUUCCUCCGCCGCUACCAAAUAAGUGUGACUGGGAGAUUGAACCUUCUGAGUUGGACUUUAAAAAUUCAGCUACUAUAGGAAAGGGGUCCUUUGGGGAGAUACUAAAAGCCUGUUGGCGUGGAACACCUGUAGCUGUUAAACGAAUUCUUCCAAACCUCUCAGAUGAUAGAUUGGUGAUUCAGGAUUUCAGGCAUGAGGUAAACUUGCUAGUAAAACUUCGGCAUCCAAAUAUAGUUCAGUUCCUUGGAGCUGUUACUGAAAGGAAGCCAUUAAUGCUCAUUACUGAAUAUUUAAGGGGGGGUGAUCUACACCAGUACCUGAAGGAAAAAGGUGCACUUAGUCCGUCAACAGCAGUCAAUUUUGCAUUAGAUAUUGCCAGAGGCAUGGCUUAUCUUCACAAUGAACCAAAUGUCGUGAUUCACAGAGAUCUAAAGCCAAGGAAUGUUCUGCUUGUGAACUCUAGUGCAGACCAUUUAAAAGUUGGAGACUUUGGCUUAAGUAAACUCAUCAGGGUUCAAAAUUCACAUGAUGUGUACAAAAUGACCGGAGAGACCGGAAGUUAUCGGUACAUGGCUCCUGAAGUAUUCAAGCACCGAAAGUAUGAUAAGAAGGUUGAUGUGUUCUCCUUUGCUAUGAUACUAUAUGAGAUGCUUGAGGGUGACCCACCACUUUCACAUUAUGAACCGUAUGAUGCUGCUAAGUAUGUUGCAGAAGGACACAGACCUAUGUUUAGGUCAAAGGGCUUUACUCCUGAAUUGAGAGAGUUGGUUGAGCAGUGCUGGGCAGCAGAUAUGAAUCAGAGACCCUCUUUCUUGGAAAUUCUGAAGAGGCUGGAAAAAAUUAAGGAUACUCUGCCUUCGGAUCAUCACUGGCACCUCUUCACUUCAUAGCAUCCUAUCCUAAAAGAUAAUUGGAUGUGAAAAUCACAAAGUUUAUCAGCGAGCUUCCCAGUUCACCCCACACAUGCAAUCACGCAGAAAGGGUUGUGAAUAGACUUAACGAGGUUUCAGGAGUUCUGCUGUCACCAAUUCUUUUCCAUACUGUGGAUUUUGGUUUUAGGAGAUGGACAUCUUCGCUAGAUAUCUGAAUUAAUAUAGUUGCAAAUCUGAACUUGAUCCGGAAAUAUUCUAAGCUAGCUUGGUGAAAGUAACAUCUUCUAUGCUAUACUUUGGUCUGAUUUCUUAAGCCAGUGUUUGUUAUAAAUUGUGGUUGUAGAUGAUCAAAGCAUGCAUGUAGGCAUUAUUCUUGUCUCCCCCUCCUUUCUUUCAACUCUUGUGCAAAACAGAAUUGUAAUGUAAUCUGCAAAAAUAGUUUGUAAUGU